AGCGCGCGUUCGCGGCCAGGGGAGGCGUGUGCUGCUCCCGCAGCCAGCGAGAGCGAGAGAGGGAUGGAUGUUGGAGGAGGAAUUCGGGCUUAACAAGUGAUCGCUGCUGUCUAGGAUUUUGUUUCUUUUCGGGGGAACCUUGACUUCCUUUCCCAGGCAAUCCCUCCUGUGCUGAACUCCAGAGGAACCAGGAGUCUUGGGGUCUUCUCUGGGGCAGCCCCAACCCCCACCCCCAGGCUCCAGCCGCGAGGACUCUGUGCACCCCCCGGGCCAGGCAACAGAACUUGUUCUGUGGAUAUUUGGAGCCUCCACCUGCCAAACCCGAGUGAUUCCUUUUACCACCGCCCCCCCGCCCCACAAGAUCAUUCUUCCCCUCCUCCAGCUGUUGCAGCUUGAGGGGGAAAAACAAGCCAGCCGGUGGAUUUUCUUUAUUUUUAUUUUUCGCCCCGCCGGGGAACGGUGAAGUGCUUCUUCUGCAUGAUUUUGGCUGAAGAAUGCUCUGCAUUUCCUUGAUUUCUAUGGAGACCUCAGAGCUGGUUUUGCUUCUGCUGACACCUCAUCUAGCACCUUCUCUACCUCCCAGGGUCUUUGCCUCUAUCUAUGGUUUGGCAUUGUACCUGGGUCCAGGAAGCCUUUGAUGAACUUAAAAGGGGAGCCUGGAGAAUCAUCCUGAUAGACUUUGAGUAGAAAUGGCUGGACAUACUUCAAACCACAUCUUAACAUGGUUCGAGCCAUCACUAGAAGGCAAGUGCUAACAGUAAAGGCUUAUCUGCGUUUUAUUUACAUUUAAUGGACUGAGCAUUGGCCAAUUUCCAUGGCAGAAAAAUAUAUUUCAUUUUCUAGGCACAACUUCUGGCUGUCAGACACUUGCUGCCUUUGAAUCUUGCAGCAUCAUCACUAACCACAUCCCAGACAUAUUUCCAAAUUUCAACAUCUACCCCCAAAACAUAGGUGUCUGAGAGACUCCAGCAUUUUCGGACUUCUUAGUCUUGAGAGUGCUAGGCUAUUUAUCUCGACCAGCCAAGCUCUGGAGAGCAAUGUUGAAUCCCUGAGAAGAGAGAGCAUGGGGCGUGCUGAUUUAAAAACAGAAAAUGCAAAGUUGGACUGAAAAUAUCCUUAGUCUUCCAAGCAAUCUGCUUAAGGGUUCCAAACUUACCUUAAUUUGGUGAGAAAAGAAGCUGCCCUAUUUUUCUUUCUUCUUCUUCUACAACUGGAACCAGCCAUUUCUGAAAACCACCACCAUGGAGGUUGCAAUGGUGAGUGCGGAGAGCUCAGGGUGCAACAGUCACAUGCCUUAUGGUUACGCUGCCCAGGCCCGGGCCCGGGAGAGGGAGAGGCUUGCUCACUCCAGGGCAGCUGCAGCAGCUGCUGUUGCAGCGGCCACAGCUGCUGUCGAAGGUAGCGGGGGUUCUGGUGGGGGCUCCCACCACCACCACCAGUCACGUGGGGCCUGUACCUCCCAUGACCCUCAGAGCAGCCGGGGUAGUCGGAGGAGGAGGCGACAGCGGUCUGAGAAGAAGAAAGCCCACCACCGGCAGAGCAGCUUCCCUCAUUGCUCUGACCUGAUGCCCAGUGGCUCUGAGGAGAAGAUCCUGAGGGAUCUGAGUGAGGAGGAGGAAGAUGAGGAGGAGGAGGAAGAGGAGGAAGAAGAGGGAAGGUUUUACUGUAGUGAAGAUGACCAUGGUGAUGAGUGUUCCUACACUGACCUGCUGCCUCAGGAUGAGGGCGGUGGCGGCUACAGUUCAGUCCGCUACAGUGACUGUUGUGAACGUGUGGUGAUAAACGUGUCAGGCCUACGCUUUGAGACCCAAAUGAAAACUCUGGCCCAGUUUCCAGAGACUUUGUUAGGAGACCCUGAAAAGAGGACUCAGUACUUUGACCCUUUGCGCAAUGAGUAUUUUUUUGACAGGAACCGCCCCAGCUUUGAUGCCAUCUUGUAUUAUUAUCAAUCAGGAGGCCGCCUGAAGAGGCCAGUCAAUGUCCCCUUUGAUAUCUUCACUGAGGAGGUGAAGUUCUAUCAGUUGGGGGAGGAGGCCCUGUUGAAGUUUCGGGAGGACGAGGGCUUUGUGAGAGAAGAGGAGGACAGGGCCCUCCCCGAGAAUGAAUUUAAAAAGCAGAUUUGGCUCCUCUUUGAAUAUCCAGAGAGCUCCAGUCCUGCAAGGGGCAUAGCUAUUGUGUCCGUCCUGGUCAUCUUAAUCUCCAUUGUCAUCUUUUGCCUGGAAACCUUGCCUGAGUUUAGGGACGACAGGGAUCUCGUCAUGGCACUGAGUGCUGGCGGGCAUGGUGGGUUGUUGAAUGACACUUCAGCACCCCACCUGGAGAACUCAGGGCACACAAUAUUCAAUGACCCCUUCUUCAUUGUGGAAACAGUCUGUAUUGUAUGGUUUUCCUUUGAGUUUGUGGUUCGCUGCUUUGCUUGUCCCAGCCAAGCACUCUUCUUCAAAAACAUCAUGAACAUCAUUGACAUUGUCUCCAUUUUGCCUUACUUCAUCACACUGGGCACUGACCUGGCCCAGCAACAGGGAGGUGGCAAUGGUCAGCAGCAGCAGGCCAUGUCCUUUGCCAUCCUCAGAAUCAUUCGUCUGGUCCGAGUAUUCCGGAUCUUCAAACUCUCCAGGCACUCCAAAGGCCUGCAGAUCCUGGGCCAUACCCUCAGAGCCAGCAUGCGGGAACUGGGCCUUCUGAUCUUCUUCCUCUUCAUUGGGGUCAUCCUCUUUUCCAGCGCUGUGUAUUUUGCAGAGGCAGAUGAACCUACUACCCAUUUCCAAAGCAUCCCAGAUGCAUUUUGGUGGGCUGUGGUGACCAUGACAACUGUGGGCUAUGGGGACAUGAAGCCCAUCACUGUGGGGGGCAAGAUUGUCGGGUCCCUGUGUGCCAUUGCUGGUGUCUUAACCAUUGCUUUGCCAGUGCCAGUGAUUGUCUCUAACUUCAACUAUUUCUACCACAGAGAGACUGAAAAUGAGGAACAGACACAGCUAACACAGAAUGCAGUCAGUUGCCCAUACCUCCCCUCUAAUUUGCUCAAGAAAUUUCGGAGCUCCACUUCUUCUUCCCUGGGGGACAAGUCAGAGUAUCUAGAGAUGGAAGAAGGAGUUAAGGAAUCUCUGUGUGCAAAGGAGAAGUGUCAGGGAAAGGGGGAUGACAGUGAGACAGAUAAAAACAACUGUUCUAAUGCAAAGGCUGUGGAGACUGAUGUGUGAAUCUCUUUCUCCACCUGCCACUGCUCCCCCCUCAGCAUCUCCAAAUAUAUUUAUGCAUAGAGAGUGCAGUUAUGAAAAUGAAAUAUGCAAAUGAUCCAAUGCAUACAGUAGUACACUAUUUAAUGGUUAUACAUGGCAUAAUUGUUACUAAACUUGUAUUACAUAUCAAAUAAAUGAUACAUCUUGGAGAAGAGGGAGGAAUAGGAGCAAAUGUAUCUUUAUAUUUUUAUUAGAAUGCAAGAAUUUUGCACAUUAACUGGAAAAGAUGUUAACAGUAAAGAUGGAGAGAGAGUGUGUGUGUGUGUGCGCGUAUGUGUGUGUGUGUGAAGUAAAUUGUCAAUGUUAGUAAUUGUGCGGUGAUGGGAAAAGUUGGCAUUUUGAAGUAUUUACUAUGUAAGAACUAAUGAAUUUGAGAAGUCACUUAUCAGUGCUUUAACAGCAUAUCAUAUGUCUUUGGAUUCUGUAGUUGUUUUUUAAAAAUUGUAAGAAAUACUGUGUAGAGAAAAAAGAAAGUAAAUUAUUUAAUAGAAUAUAGGUCACAAUUUUAUCUUGGAUUUAAUUAAAAUUUAUUUUUAACUGGAAAUUAACUUUUAAAACGGCUGCAAGGGCCUUUAGAAAUUGAUUAUAUUUUGUUAUUAAUUUUGGGAAGAUUUAACAGCAAAUGUCUAACAUUAUAGAAUAAGUGAAAUUGGAGAAUAUGUAAUAAGUUUUGUUUGCAGGUAACAGGACUGGAUUUUUUUUUUCUUUGCACUACUUUAUAUGCUGGAGAUUGAGAGAGACUUCAUACUGUGAAUGUUUACUAAUGUAACAGUUCAAUGACAAUCAUUGGAAGAAUGAUUUCUUUAGUCUUAUUUUAUUGUUUACUUUUCAUUGUUUGAGACUAAUGACCAUGCAGAUAAUAUCACAGGAUUCUCUCCUCUUUUAAAAUCUACAUAACUGAUUGACAAAGGAAUUAUGAAGUAAAAUUUAGCAACUGAAUCUUUUGAAAUUGGUCUGUUACAAUGAUGCUUCUGAAAUCAUACUAUUUUAUAUAUUCUUCUGCCUUUUAACUCCAGAAUAAUUUAACCAAAGUUAAUGCAUGCACUGAAAGAAUUCUUGAAGAAGUAAGAUGCCAAGCAGCUACAGUGAUUAUGGCUUAAAAUUUUUCUAUUAAAUGUGAAACAUAAACGCUAGAUUUAUUAAGUUUAUUUUUUUUGUGCAGUUAUAUAAGAACAGAAUUUGGGGAUUAAUCUCUGAUUUUAACAUUAUAUUUGCUAAAAUGGAUAUAAGGAAGAAUUGUGUCAAACAUUAGGUUUCAACAUCGCCAUCAUUAUCAUCUUUAUUAAAGCAAUUUAUGACACAUAUAACUGCAUUUAACUCAUGACAAGCAUUCUAGAAUGUGAGAUAACAACUAGCGAUCAGCCUUGCACUAUGAAAUCAUGAGGUAUAGGUUAGAAAACUCAGAAUGCAUAAGAGGCCUUAUUAUACAAUAUUUAACUUCUGUUCUUUAUAAAAUAAUUGUCUUGAGCUCUGGUUGGGGACGGGGGAAAAAACAAAACAAACAACACUGCAUACACUAUAUCGGCACAUAGUGAACUCUGGUAACUGUGAGCUAAAAGCAAACAAACAAACAAACAAACUGACCUAGAAUAGCCUUUCUCAAGCUUUUUAAAUUCCAGUCCAUCAUUUCAUAAUUGCAUAAAUCCUACCUCUCCUUUAAUGGUAUUUGAAAUUCAAAGUACAUUCAACAUUAGGGUUAAAAGUAAAACUGCACCCCCUCUCCACUCUUUCCCCAC